AUGGCAAGCCAAGCAGCUACCUCUUUCAAUGGCAACUUGAAGAAAGCUCUUGCCGGCCUGAGGCGUAUUGAUCUUGAUGGGUUGCGGUGGAAAGUAUUUGAUGCGAAAGGCCAGGUUCUUGGAAGACUAGCAUCUCAAAUAUCAACUGUGAUUCAAGGGAAGGAUAAACCAACAUAUGCUCCAAACCGAGAUGAUGGUGAUAUGUGCAUCGUGCUUAACGCAAAGGAUGUUUGUGUCACUGGGAGAAAACUAACCGAUAAGGUUUAUUAUUGGCAUACUGGGUAUAUAGGUCACCUCAAGGAAAGGACUUUAAAGGAUCAGAUGGCCAAGGACCCUACGGAAGUCAUUCGCAAAGCUGUAUUACGUAUGCUCCCAAGGAACAAAUUGCGUGACGAUAGAGAUAGAAAGCUGAGGAUAUUUGUUGGCGGUGAACACCCCUUUGGUGAUCGGCCCCUUGAACCGUAUCUGAUGCCCCCUCGGCAAGUUAGGGAAAUGCGACCACGUACAAGACGAGCCAUGGUCCGAGCUCAGAAGAAGGCUGAACAGCAACAACAGGAUGUUAAUGAUCCACGUAGGGGAAAAAGGAAGGACAGACCUGAAGUGAAUGCAUGA